AUGACAGUCUGCAGAAGUGAGCUGAGCGUGUGUGCGGUACGGGGCUCUCCUGCCUCCUGGGCUCCAACGCAGCUCUGUGGCUGAAGUGGGUGCUCACCACCAGAAUGCUGGGCUAUGGAAUACAGAUGUGGCAGCUCAGGUAGCCCCACGUUGCCGGGAGGAAUACAUCAUGCUUUCCGAUAAGAAGAAAUUGUAGAAGCCAGUUUUUGGGUUUUUUUUUUUAACGACCCCCCCCCAAAAAAACUGUAAAGAUGCAAAAACGUAAUAUCCACGAAGAUCCUAUUACCUAGGAAGAUUUUGAUGUUUUGCUACAAAUGCGGUAUUGGAAUUUAUUUGUUCUUGGAGUGUUCUGCGUGGCUGGCAAAGAAUAAUGUUCCAAAAUCGGUCCAUCUCCCAAGGGGUCCAAUUUUUCUUCCUGGGUGUCAGCGAGCCCUGACUCACUACAGUGCAGCUGACAGGGGCUGUCAUGCAAGUGGCCCCUUAAGCCAAAGCAAAAGACCUAAGGACGACCUUUGAACAAUACAAAGGAUGGGUUUCAAUGUAAUUAGGCUACUGAGCGGAUCAGCUGUAGCACUGGUUAUAGCCCCCACUGUCUUACUGACAAUGCUUUCUUCUGCCGAACGAGGAUGCCCUAAGGGCUGUAGGUGUGAAGGCAAAAUGGUAUAUUGUGAAUCUCAGAAAUUACAGGAGAUACCCUCAAGUAUAUCUGCUGGUUGCUUAGGUUUGUCCCUUCGCUAUAACAGCCUUCAAAAACUUAAGUAUAAUCAAUUUAAAGGGCUCAACCAGCUCACCUGGCUGUACCUUGACCAUAACCAUAUCAGCAAUAUUGAUGAGAAUGCUUUUAAUGGAAUACGCAGACUCAAAGAGUUGAUUCUGAGUUCCAACAGAAUCUCCUAUUUUCUCAACAAUACCUUCAGACCUGUGACAAAUUUAAGGAACUUGGAUCUGUCCUAUAAUCAGCUGCAUUCUCUGGGAUCUGAACAGUUUCGGGGCUUGCGGAAGCUGCUGAGUUUACAUUUACGGUCUAACUCCCUGAGAACCAUCCCUGUGCGAAUAUUCCAAGACUGCCGCAAUCUGGAACUUUUGGACCUGGGAUAUAACCGGAUCCGAAGUUUAGCCAGGAAUGUCUUUGCUGGCAUGAUCAGACUCAAAGAACUUCACCUGGAGCACAAUCAAUUUUCUAAGCUCAACCUGGCCCUUUUUCCAAGGUUGGUGAGCCUUCAGAACCUUUACUUGCAGUGGAAUAAAAUCAGUGUCAUAGGACAGACCAUGUCCUGGACCUGGAGCUCGUUACAAAGGCUUGAUUUGUCAGGCAAUGAGAUUGAAGCUUUUAGUGGACCUAGUGUUUUCCAGUGUGUCCCAAAUCUGCAGCGCCUCAACCUGGAUUCCAAUAAGCUCACAUUUAUUGGUCAAGAGAUUUUGGAUUCUUGGAUAUCUCUCAAUGACAUCAGUCUUGCCGGGAAUAUAUGGGAAUGCAGCAGAAAUAUUUGUUCUCUGGUAAAUUGGCUGAAAAGUUUUAAAGGUCUGAGGGAGAAUACAAUUAUCUGUGCCAGUCCCAAAGAGCUGCAAGGAGUAAACGUGAUCGAUGCAGUGAAGAACUACAGCAUCUGUGGCAAAAGUACCACGGAGAGGUUUGAUCUGGCUAGGGCUCUCCCAAAGCCGACAUUUAAGCCUAAACUCCCCAGGCCGAAGCACGAGAGCAAACCCCCUCUGCCCCCCACGGUGGGAGCCACGGAGCCUGGCCCAGAGACUGAUGCUGACACUGAGCACAUCUCUUUCCAUAAAAUCAUCGCAGGGAGCGUGGCCCUUUUCCUGUCCGUGCUCGUCAUCCUGCUCGUUAUCUACGUGUCAUGGAAGCGGUACCCUGCGAGCAUGAAGCAGCUGCAGCAGCGCUCCCUCAUGCGAAGGCACAGGAAAAAGAAAAGACAGUCCCUAAAGCAAAUGACUCCCAGCACCCAGGAAUUUUAUGUAGAUUACAAACCCACCAACACGGAGACCAGCGAGAUGCUGCUGAAUGGGACGGGACCCUGCACCUAUAACAAAUCAGGCUCCAGGGAGUGUGAGAUACCUUUAUCAAUGAAUGUGUCAACCUUUCUGGCAUACGACCAGCCCACAAUAAGUUACUGUGGGGUGCAUCAUGAACUUCUCUCUCAUAAGUCCUUUGAAACGAAUGCACAGGAAGAUACGAUGGAAACACACCUAGAGACUGAGCUGGACCUGAGCACAAUCACAACAGCUGGCCAAAUCAGUGACCAUAAACAGCAGCUGACUUAACUGAGCUAAGCGGUAGCCAAGGGUUGCCACCAAACUUUGUAACCUCAAGGACAAAAAUGAGGAAGAUUUGUUCAUUGUGGACUCUCAAAACAAAACAAAACAAAAAUCCCCUGUCAAACAAAAGUCCAAG